AUGAGAGAGGGGCCCAAGCUGAGCCACUGGCUUAUCUGCCUUGAUCUUGGGCAGCAAGCAGUAACCUUAUAUGGCCCCCACUAUUCAGCCGGCUACUUUGUCAAGGCUUUGUUGCCUCCUGGGAAAGAGUGCUGGGGUUACGAUGGACUCGCCACACCUUUCCCGGUUCCUGGUGGCUCUGACCUCUGCCACCAACCCAUAACGUCAUAUCCAGAGAACGACGUCGUUCCCUCCGGUUUUCUCACCAGCCCAUUCGCUCUUCCACGCAGCCUUUCUCGGUUGCUGGCCCCCAAUCCCCCUACGUGCUUAAAUGAUGGCUGUGGAUCAGUGAUAUCAGCCAUAUCCCUCUGUCCCCCACUUUCCUCUUCUCAAGUCUUCCAUUGGCUUAGAAUUCUGCUCUGCUGGAAGUACGAGCUUUGGGCCCCUUCAGUGAGACGUGGAAUUCCUGCGACUGCAGCUUUGGUCAAGAGAACACGACUCCUCAUGCCUUUCGGUAUAUCGGACACUGCUAUCUCAUCGGAACCACCCGAGAAUUUGCUGUUCGCCAGGCCGAUUACGCAGUGUGACUACCAUCGCCUCCAGCUAUUUCUGUAUUUGCCCCUCCGCAUUUACCCGUUUAGACCGUCUUCUCAGCCCGACCCCUCGAAGACAGGUUGGCGACGGGUCACUUCACAAGCCUACGCUCUCAUUCAGGCCUAG